UUGAAGGUGAGGUGUAUGCUGGGGAGGUGAAGGAGAAAGAGAAAGCUAAGAAACAGUAUGAGAAGGCUGUUUCCUCUGGACAGACUGCUGGAAUAGUCAAGGCCGUUGGGAGAAAGAUGGAGAAGUUUUCAGUGUCUGUCAAUGUUGCAGCCAAAAGUAAUGUGACCUUCAUUCUGACCUAUGAGGAGCUGCUGGAGAGGAAACUGGGCCAAUAUGAGAUUCUGAUUCGAGUUAAACCCAAAUCACUGGUCCACCGGUUUCAGAUUGUGACAGACAUCUAUGAGCCUCAGGGCAUUGCUUUCCUUGAUGCCCAUGCAACCUUCCUCUCCAAUGAGCUGCUCCCCCUGGUGGAGAAAACUGUAACAGACAAAAAGGCACACAUCUCUUUCUCGCCAACUAUGGAGCAGCAGCGAAAGUGUCCAGAUUGUGAUGGAACGAUCAUCGAUGGAGAUUUUAUUGUCAAGUAUGAUGUGAAUCGAGAGCAGAGUCUCGGGGACAUUCAGAUUGUGAACGGAUACUUUGUGCACUUCUUCGCGCCUCCUGACCUGCCCAGAGUCUCAAAGAAUGUGGCGUUUGUGGUUGAUAGGAGCGGAUCAAUGAGUGGAACAAAAAUGAGACAGACACGAGAAGCAUUGCAGGUCAUCCUGGAUGACCUCUACGAGGAGGACUACUUUGCUCUCAUCCUGUUUGAUAGUGACAUCAUAUCCUGGAAGGACUCACUUACCAAAGCAACCAAGGAAAACGUGGCUGAAGCCAUAAUCUACGUCAAAAAUAUAGAAACAGGAGGAGUAACCAACAUCAAUGAUGCACUGUUGCUUGCUGUGAACAUGCUGGACAAAGACAGGCGGGAGAAGAGGCUCCCUGAGAGGAGCAUCGACAUGAUUAUUUUACUGACUGAUGGAAUGCCAAAUUCUGGAGAGUCUGACCCUAGGAAGAUCCAGGAAAACGUUCGUGCUGCAAUUGGAGGAAGAAUGUCUCUGUACUCUCUUGGAUUUGGAUAUGAUGUGGACUAUUCCUUCCUGGAUGUGAUGUGCCAACAAAACAAAGGAUUGGCCCGCAGAAUAUAUGAAGCUUCAGAUGCAACACUUCAACUCCAGGGUUUCUAUGAGGAGGUGUCCAGCCCUCUGCUCUUGGACGUGGACCUGCGUUAUCCUGACAAUGCAGUGGAAUUCUUAACCACCAACCACUUCAACCAGUUGUUUAAUGGGUCGGAGAUUGUGGUGGCUGGUCGGCUGAAGGACGACCAGAUAGACAAUUUCUUGGUUGAAGUGUUUGGCCAGGGGUUUGAGGAUGACUUCACAGUGCAGGGCCAGGCCAGUGCUGUGGACUGGGACGUGAUGUACCCAGAUGAGGAGUACAUCUUUACGAAUUUUAUAGAGCGUUUGUGGGCCUAUCUCACCAUCCAGCAGCUACUGGACAAGGGCAAGAUUGGUGACCCAGGCGAUAAAGCUAACGCCACAGCCAAGGCACUGGACAUGUCUCUAUAUUACGGCUUUGUCACACCUCUCACUUCCAUGGUGGUUACCAAACCUGAAACUGAGGACGGAACAGAGAGCCCUCUCAUUGCAGAAAAGCUGACUGAGGCCCAAAGAACACAGCCAGGAAUAUCAGGAACCUGGGCUGUACCUGCAUCGUACCAGUAUUCAACGUACCAACCCGUAUAUGUUGUGGAUGGAGAUCCUCAUUUCUUGAUAGAGCUCCCCAACAGGGAUGACGCUCUGUGCUUCAAUAUAAACGACCUACCAGGAACCAUUUUCAACCUGGUCAGAGACCCGACAUCAGGUAUUUUGGUCAAUGGCCAGAUAAUUGGCGACAAGAAAAUCCCCCCCAAUGGUAAAAUAAACACCUACUUCUGGCGCUUUGGCAUCAUCCACCGAACUCUGGGGGUGGGGCUGGAGGUGAGCACUCAGGACAUCUCAGUGUUCCAGGAUCGCAAAUAUCUCAAGCUGCUGUGGUCUGAUACAGCUUCUAUCAAAGGACCCAACAUGGAUCUUCUUGUGACCAAGGAUCGUAGCUUGACAGUAACGCUAAAAGAUUCAGUCAAGUUUGUGAUCCUGCUACACAAAGUGUGGGAGAAGCACCCGUACCACCGGGACUACUUGGGUUUCUACACCCUGGACAGCCACCUCUUCUCCUCCUCUGUCCAUGGCCUCCUUGGUCAGUUCUACCAUGGGAUUGAUUAUGAAGUGACAGACCUGCGUCCAGGAGAAGUCCCAGAGAAACCAGACGCCACCAUGUAUGUGAAAGGACAGGCGCUCAAUGUGACCAGGGGCUGGCAGAGAGACUUCAGGAGGGAUGUGAAGAACGGAGAAAAUGUUCCCUGCUGGUUCAUUCACAAUAAUGGAACAGGCCUCAUCGAUGGCAAUGCAACAGACUAUAUUGUGUCAGGACUUUUUAAACGUGUUUAAAAACAGGUUACACAUCAAUGUAUACCACGGAAAUAAGCAAACUCAAACCUACAUCACAAAUAUAAUAUAAUAUUAUAACACAGCCAAA